CUGUGUACAUGCUGGUACUCUCGCUGGGCUUCAGGAUAGAGGAGGGGCAUGUGCCAGCACUACUAUCUCCUGCGUCCCAUUCCGAGCGACACGCUUCCCUUGGUGGGGAUUAAAGAGGAUCGGGACCCUGAGCUGGACCCUAAGGAGAAAGAUUUGAACGAAACGGAGCUGCGAAGUAUCCUGGGCAGUCAUUUCGACCCCCUUUUCAUGUCCGUCGCCCCGCUGGAGGACCGAUACGUGGGCAACGAGGACACCAGCGACUCGGAGGGGGACGCGCUGCAGCAGAAGCCCACCGGGCUGAUGCCCAAGGAGAUCAAGGCCAUGGAGUUCGAGAUCCAGCACGGGAAGAAACAGAAGCCCAGCAAAAAGCUGCGGAGAAGGCUGCAACUGUGGCUCUGGUCCUACGCGUCCUGCCCGGUGGUUUACGCGUGGCACGACCUGGGCCACCGCUUCUGGCCGCGCUACGUGAAGGAGGGCAGCUGCAACAAUAAGCGCUCUUGUUCGGUGCCCGAAGGGAUGGUUUGCAAACCUGCCAAAUCGGCGCAUUUUACCAUCCUACGAUGGCGGUGCAUGCAGAGAAAGGGUGGGCCGAAGUGCGCCUGGAUACCCGUGCAGUACCCCGUCAUAUCGGAGUGCAAAUGCUCCUGUCCAAACUGACACAGUGACUUUUGGACAAUUCUUUUUUUCUCAAAGUUCUAGAAGUCAUAGUGUAUUG